AUGCCAAGGAAGAAGCUUCCAAGUGAGCUGAAGACAGUUUCGGCAUUGGACAUGACAAACGACUACUUUGAUGAUAAGAUCAAGAAGACUUUCAAAACAAGGAAACGAGAACAGAGAGAAACAGAGUUGAAAACAGACAGGUACAACCUGCAAGCUGCUGUGACUAUACCAGCAUCCGACCAGCCUUGCCAACAUGAUGCAGGCUUGUCAACUAAGCAGAAAGCAGAAGAGGGAGGGUUUGUGUGGGUGGAGAAGGGUGAUAGGCUGUCAGCUAACUCUGGCAGGGGUGGCAUCAGUUCGGCACGUUGUAACAGUGUUGGCACCAUUCAGGUGAAGAGUUGUGGGGAUGGAGGUCUCAGAGAUCAGAAUGUCGUUGAUCAGAUGUCGAUGCUAUCAAGAGGCAGCAAGGUGGAGGUUCCUGCAAGUAGCCAGCCACCAGCAGAUCCAUCAAUACAAACCUCUGCCACAGAAAGCCCGUUAAAGACAAGGGAGGGAAGGACACAUGUUAACCAGGCUCCUGCCAACAACUAUGCCCCCACUGCAGGGAUUGACCAAGCACCGGGGGUGGGGAACAUUCCUGUCAUUGCGUGUCAGCCACCAGUGUUGCCUCAGCCAUACCAGGUCACCAACGUCUACAACAUAUACAGUCCCAAAAACAUACAGAUCGGGAAUCAGAAUGCUAUGGAGAAAGACGACAUAGUGACAGAUGGCCCCGGUUUUGACCAACCAGUUUACUAUGUCCCGCCUAUGCCCUACCCACCAGAAAUGCCUGCAGCACCCAGGGCACAGGGCCAGGAGAAGGCCAAGACCAGCAAUGGUACAGCGAGCAAACUCAACAAAGAAUACGACAUCGAUGAUGAGACUGAUGUUAAAGUUCCAUUAGAACCUGAGUUUGACCUUGAUGAUGAGACUCAUGUCAAGAUCCCAGUCAAACCCAAGAUGCAAACCAGCCUGCUUAGCCCUGCUGAACUAGCCAGGUCAGAGAGCUGCAGUUCUGCUGAUGAGGCCCAGGAGGAGACCUGUGUGAUGUCUGCACUGGCUGAAGACAUGGCUGAGGGUCUGAGUCUCAACACAACUGAUGGGGAAACUUCUGUCAAGGAGGUGCAGGACCUGCAGACUUCAACUGAAGAGUCCAUGGUGUCUGGAGCAUCUGUACCCAAACAGAGAAAGGGGGGAAUUCUUUCAUCUUUUCUUAGCAGGGGCAAAAAGAAGUAAAUUACAGUUGUGGAAAAAAUGAAACGUUACCCUGAAAUAUGCUUGUGUCUUGUACUGAGACAAAAAAUGAUAAUGAAUUGUAAAAGGUGUGAAUAACAUUGUUUAAAUGAUGGUUAGAUAUGUUACUACUCAGUUUUCUUGGUGACUUUAUAGGCAGUAGCUGCUGCACAGUUUUUUUCAUGAUACUGCUGAGAGUUUGAGCCUCACUGGUAUUUAGUUGGUGUUGCCUGAGAUAAAUUCUUAGUUUAGAGUUUAAAACAUAAUCUCUUUGUCUUGUGUAUUCUGAAAUGCAAUGUGAUACAAACAGGUUAGAACAAUUUAGAAGAGAAAGGCUAAAUGACUUAAGAUGUAGGUAGUUAAGAUAUCUACUAAUUUUCCGCAUUUCAUGGUAAAACUUGAUUUUACCCCUGAAUGGCCCUGAUACACACAUGUAAUGCAAUUUGUAGAACCAGUUAUUACCUAAUGCUGUACACAGAACGGGCAGAUUUCAUUUCAGAUAUUCUAGAAAACAAUUGUAAUAAAAAUGAUUAAACAGAGAUAUGCAUUGUAUAGAAAUUUCAAUGUCCUAUGCUUGUCUAUUGCAUGUGCAAUUAAGGUUUGGAUUACUGGGCUGUUACAAAUAAAUUGAUUUGAUAA